UCCCUGUAGUAAUGCUCGAGAGUGUACACAACUGGCUAAAAUACUUCUUGCCCGCUAACGCUGUCGUUAACGUUGUUGUUGAGUGUUGCUCUCGCUGAUCAUUCGCCCUGCGCAAUGUAUAUCCGGCGUUUAGUAAUAUUUCUUUGCUGCAGCGCCGGACUAAUUGGCCAUCAUAAAAAUAUCAUCGCGGCCAGCUCGCUGAAGACGUCGGCCUUGGUGCGGCAUCUUAUCGCCGCCGCAGACGUCUAUGUACCGCCCAACGCUGACCAGCCCGGUCAGCCGGUGACCAUCAGCGUCCACCUGACUGCUACUGGCAUACAACGUGAGCAUGCUCUGCAGUCGGAUUUGGUCGUACUGCUGGGAUUUCUGGACCUGAACUGGAGGGACAGCCGGCUGACGUGGGACCCGCUGCAGCACCACAAUAUUUCCGUCGUGCACCUCCCGGCCGACCGCGUCUGGCUGCCCGACAUUACGCUUUACAACAGUGCAUUCAUUAACAGCUACGACCCGCGCAGUCGCGCUGUGUUCCCCGAAGAAAGACAGCUGGUCUCGGUGCAUUCCGAUGGUACUGUCACGUGGAUCCCGCGCGUGACCUUCCCGCUGAGCUGUAAUACAACGCAGAACACAGCCGCUGACGAAGUGCACUGCGCUAUCAAACUCGCGUCGUGGAUGUACGACGGUUCCCUGGUGGACUUUGUGACGGACUUUGACUACAUAAGUCACCGAAGCGAUUAUUCUGAUCUGUAUUCCCAGCGUGUUACCCGCUACCGUAUCGUCGCCAGCUCGGCAGUCCGCAACGUCCGCUACUAUACCUGCUGCCCCGAGCCCUACCCGUCCGUUGACAUGACCUUUACCGCCAGAAGAGCAGCAGCAUCACAACUGCGCCUGGCCUGGGCGGCUUUGAGACUCAGUUUCCUGCUAAUAAUAAUGCGCUAGUAGUAUUGCGGUUGGACGGGCAUAGCUGCAAUAUUUCGUUCUGCUGUUAUACUCGUAUGUACAAUACUCUGUAUAUAAAUACCUUACGUAGUAAUGCUGUUGCCCGCUGCUUCAAAUGAUCUGCACAAUACACAAA